AAAAACCCCUUAAAUCUGCUUUGCUUGCAACAACCCUACACCUUGCUCACUUACUCCACAACCCUGUAAAACCCUUAAAUGAAGAUGCAAGUGUCACAAAUCAGCUAACAUAUAUUAGCUAUUGUAUUUUCUUUUAGUAAAUAUUUUAACUCAUCUGAGCAAAGCACGAAACCAUGCUUAACACUAAAAGUCUAAAACAUGACACAUUUGAACUAAACGUUUACGCCUGAUAUUGUUCUUGAGACUUACAACCAACAUGCUAGAAAACCUCUCACAAGGUUUUGGCGAUCGGGCAAAAAACAAAUAGAAACCUGGGAAAGAGGCAUUUAGGGUAAAAAUUCGAAGCAGUGAAAGCACAGGCAGCAGGUUGCUGAAAUGCUAGGAUUCAGAAAACUCCAGCUUGAAUUUGCUUGUUGUGCAUUGAAAGGCAGAGCCCUUUCCUCUGUACCUCUGACAUUAUAUGAAGACAGAGAACUGAAGGUGGAGGGCACUGGUUUCACACGCAAGGCCAUUCUCAACAGGCCUAAAUCUCUCAAUGCCUUCACAACUUUAAUGGUUUCUCAACUUCACAGACUUUAUCAAGCAUGGGAAGAUCAUCCAGAUGUAGGUGUCGUUGUGCUUAAAGGUGCCGGUGACAGGGCUUUCUGCAGUGGGGGAGACAUUGUCAGAAUUUAUGAGUUGGCUAAAGAAGGGAAUAUGAGAAAAUGUAAAGACUUCUUCAAUAAAGCUUAUCGGUUUAUGUACCUUGUUGGAACCUAUGCGAAGCCACAUGUGGCAUUAUUGGACGGGGUAACAAUGGGAGGAGGGGCUGGUAUCUCUGUUCCUGGCACUUUUCGCGUGGUAACAGAUAAGACUGUAUUUGCUACACCAGAAGUACAAAUAGGAUUCCAUCCUGAUGCUGGAGCCUCUUUUUUUCUCUCACACUUGCCUGGUUAUCUAGGGGAGUACUUGGGUCUAACUGGAGAGCGAUUGAAUGGAGCAGAAAUGCUUGUUGCUGGUCUUGCAACACAUUUUUCAGUUAGCACGAGGAUUGAAUUGAUUGAAGAGCGGAUGGGAUUGCUGGUUACAGAGGAUCCCUCAGUGGUUAAAACUGCUUUGGAUGAAUAUUCGGAUGUUGCUGUUCCGGAUGCUAAAAGUUCUCUUCGAAGAAUGGAUGCUAUUGAUCGUUGUUUCUCGAAGGAGACUGUUGAGGAGAUCAUAUGUGCGCUGGAAACUGAAGCAGCUGGUAUAAGUGAUGCAUGGUAUGCCAAUACUAUUAGGAAACUGAAAGAAGCUUCUCCACUAAGUUUAAAAAUUGCAUUAAAAUCUAUACGCGAAGGCAGGUUUCAAUCAUUAGAUCAAUGUUUGGUUCGUGAAUAUAGAAUAACAUGUCGCAAACUUUCAAAGAAAUUUUCUCACGACUUCUAUGAGGGUAUUAGAGCACGUAUGAUAGAUAAAGACUCUUCUCCUAAGUGGCAUCCACCAUGUCUGGAGCAAGUGUCUAGAGAAAUUGUGGAUAAGCACUUCUUACCACUGGGUUUGGAUGGACUGGAACUAGAACUGCCGGUAAAGCAACGUGAAGCUUACAUUUAGUGCAGUCCCAUGGGUGGAAGGCAGUUUCCAGCUCUGUCUGGUGUGACUCAUAAGUGGACAACAUUUUAUCAACUUGGUCUUCUCACCUCUGCAAGAGUUUAUGUGGGGCUUUCCUUGGCAGUUUGUUUGACAGAAACGAGCUCUUUGAUGACUCAAUUCAAAGAUCGGUUUGGAUUUCCAUCAUUUGUGGUCUCAAGUUUUAUUGUACUUCACCAUUUAUAUCAUGGAUUUAGUCACAUAGGCAAAUCAUUGGGGAAUCUUUAUAUUCAUUAUCUUUAGCCAUCUUUGAUAUAGCAUUAUUAGAGGAAAGCACUAAUGCUUGGUCAGAUGUAGAAAGUGAAUAGUACCAGAGUGAUGUGUUGAAACCAAAUUUUAUAUAGUGAAGACGUGCAACUUUUGGAUUUCUUUAUUUUUGUAAGAGAAGAAUCUACUGCAUUAAGAUGCUUAUUUUGUAAAUGAAAUUGCUAUAUGCCUCUGUUAAAUCAUGAUGGAUCCUUA